GUAUGUCCACAUACUGCCCUGCCCCCCUUUCUCCCUCUCGUGCACGCACACACGCGCUACGACACACACACACAAACAUGGCGUCCUCUGUUUCACCGCUACGCUCCUCCUUCAGGAUUUGUAGCCCGUUAACGUUACACCAUCACUGCUGUCGGGCCAAACUGCGGAUGCACAGAAAAUGCGAGAGUCAAAGGAGACAUCUACACCAGUCGGCGACCAGGCACGCCGCCGUGGUGAUUUCCGGGACAGAGUUGGCUCGUCAGCUCCACAGAGAAAUCCAGCGUGAUGUGGAAGAGCUGGUAGCUCAGGGCAACAUGAGACCCCACCUAGGAGUGGUCUUAGUGGGGGACGACCCAGCCAGUCGUACCUAUGUUAGAAAUAAGACCCGGGCAGCCAGCAUCCUGGGUAUUUCGAGUGACACAGUGGUGCGGCCUAGCUCGGUCUCCCAGGAGGAGUUGCUGGAGCUUAUUGACAAGAUGAACCGCGACUGGAGGGUCAGCGGCCUGUUGGUGCAGCUGCCACUUCCCGAGCACAUAAAUGAGCGAGCAGUAUGUAAUGCCAUCGCUCCAGAGAAGGACGUGGAUGGCUUCCAUAUUGUGAAUAUCGGAAAGCUGUGUCUGGACCAGAGAUCCAUGGUGCCUGCCACACCUGCAGCUGUCUGGGAGAUCAUCAAAAGAGCAGGUAUUGAGACAGUGGGAAAGAAUGUGCUGGUCGCUGGUCGCUCCAAAAAUGUUGGAAUGCCCAUUGCAAUGUUGCUGCACACUGAUCGCAACCAUGAACGCCCCGGGGGUGAUGCCACGGUGACCAUUGCCCACAGAUGUACGCCGAAGGAACAACUGAAGGAGAUAACCAGCCUGGCUGACAUCAUUAUUGCAGCUGCAGGUGUUCCUGGACUGAUUACAGCAGACAUGGUGAAAGAAGGUGCAGCAGUCAUCGACGUGGGCAUAAACCGCAUCCAGGACCCGAAAACAGGGAAACUCAGACUCAUCGGUGACGUGGACUUUGAGGGAGUGAAGGAGAAAGCAGGUUUCAUCACACCUGUUCCCGGAGGCGUGGGUCCGAUGACAGUUGCCAUGCUGAUGAAGAACACUGUGACUGCUGCCAGAAACGCACUGAUGCAUUAAACACACACAUUAUAAAGCCAUUUGUUUUGUUCAAUGAUAUACAGUACAAACAGUGUUUGCGCGCGCACACACACACACACACACACACACACACACACACAUCAAUUAAUUUAGGUUUAUGCACACAUACACACACUUUUAUUUAAAAAUCCAUGAGCUCAAUACUCCAUACCUGCUGGCAAACUUACUUGAUAUGUACUUUGUUUAUAUUUUGAAUUUGUUCAUUUAUUUAUUUAAAUUAUUUAUUUCAGAGUUCACUUUUUAAGAAUUUAGAUUAAUAUUUUUUCUACUGAAGUCGUUUUGGUUCAUUUUUGAACAUCCAGAUUCACUGGAAAAUGAAUAUUAAAUAAAAAAUAUUGCUGUGCCAAUA